AUCACCAACUUAUUUCACCAAUAUAGAGUUUAAAGAAAUCAAAAUAAGACGAAGUGAUCAAAUACACAAUGUGUAUAUCUAAAACCAUAGUGUUUGGUCUCUUUGUUGCAACACUCCUCGUGUCUUACAAUGCGGAUGCAAACGCCACGCAGCCGCUUUUCCCGGCGAUUCUAAUCUUCGGCGACUCAACGGUAGACACAGGCAAUAACAACUACUACUCACAAGCCGUCUUCAAGGCUAAUCACCUCCCUUAUGGCGUUGAUCUUCCCGGCCACAAAGCUAAUGGGAGAUUCUCAAACGGAAAGCUAAUCUCUGACGUAAUCUCCACCAAACUCAACAUCAAAGAGUUUGUUCCUCCGUUUCUACAGCCAAACAUCUCCGACCAAGACAUUGUCACUGGAGUCUGUUUCGCAUCCGCGGGCGCUGGCUACGAUGACGAGACCUCGCUAUCGAGCAAGGCUAUCCCGGUCUCACAACAGCCACGCAUGUUCAAGAAUUAUAUUGCUCGUCUCAAAGGUAUCGUAGGAGACAAGAAAGCAAUGAACAUAAUUAACAACGCUUUAGUGGUCAUAAGCGCAGGGCCUAAUGAUUUCAUCUUGAACUUUUACGAUAUCCCCACAAGGCAUCUCGAGUAUCCUACUAUCUAUGGUUACCAAGAUUUUGUCCUCAAGAGGCUUGACGGUUUUGUCCGGGAGCUUUAUAGUUUAGGUUGCCGGAAUAUUCUAGUCGGAGGGUUGCCGCCGAUGGGAUGUUUACCGAUCCAAAUGACCGUGAAAAUGAGAAGCAUUUGUGUGGAACAAGAGAACAAAGACUCCGUUUUGUACAAUCAGAAACUAGUAAAGAAACUGCCUGAGAUCCAAGCGUCUCUACCCGGAAGCAAGUUCCUUUACGCUAACAUCUACGACCCUGUGAUGGACAUGAUCCGAAACCCUAGCAAAUACGGAUUCAAGGAGACGAAGACAGGAUGUUGCGGAACAGUGGAAACGAGCUUCUUGUGCAAUUCCUUAUCAAAGACUUGUCCGAAUCAUUCGGAUCACUUGUUUUGGGACUCCAUUCACCCCUCCGAAGCAGCUUACAAAUACCUAGGGAGCUUCAUAGAUGCUCAGAUUCAAGAGUGGCUUAAGGCUUAAGUCACUGAUUUAAGAAAUUAAUUAACUAAAC